AUGGUCAAAACACGACGAGCGCACCGUAAAUCACGUGCUGGAUGUAGGGAAUGCAAGAGACGACGGAUAAAGGCAAGUGAGCGAAAGCCUAGCUGCACGCAUUGCACCCGGCACCACGUAUCAUGCGUAUACGAUGUUACCCCUGGGGCCCCAACCCAGCUCGUUCCGUCCAAAUGUUCGCCGACCCAAUCAGAAAAUCUUGGCAGUCCAUCGGGCUGCCCAGUGACGCAUACUCGCAAACCCUCUUACUUUGACCUGAGCCGCCCCCAGCACCUUUUCGACUUGAAAGAUAUGGAGCUCCUGCAUCACUGGAACCUCGUUACUAGUGAAAGUAUGGUAGAAUCUCCGAGUUCAGCUGAAGUUUGGCGUAUUCACUUCCCAAGGAUUGCUUUCCAACACCCCUACGUCAUGCACAGUCUUCUCAGUAUCGCGGCUCUCCACGUCGCCUAUCUAAACCCUUCGCGCAGACAUUCAUCAAUUAUAGAUGCAGGCUAUCAUCAUGCUAAGGCAUUGGAGGGGUUUCAUGAGGCGAUAAACCAUAUUGGUGCUGACAAUGGCGAUGCUGUGUUCGCAACCGCUACUCUAUUGUUCCUUCACGCGUUCAUCACUUUGAGCCAACUUCAGCACGAUUUUGACCAGCAGCUUGGGGGUUGUUCUAGAGUAUCGCGCAUCCUCGGCGCGGAAUGGAUACCGCUACUUCGAGGCGUUGGAGCUGUUCUGCCUCCUGUGCUUGAACACGUUCGUAGGGGCCCACUGAGCUCAUUGAUAAGUCUUGGUAACUGGGAGGCAAUCAACCCAAAUGACAAUCCAACAGCCGAUGACGAAAGACUGAGAGGCAUCGGACAACUCUGGAAAGAUGACAAACAUGCCGAAGUAUAUGAGACCAGUCUAAAUCUUUUGCGUCAGUUUUGGGCCUGGAUGGUGCAACUAAAAAACUCAGGUGGCAAUGACAGCGGAGAAUGUGGCUACCACGGGAUAGGGUCGGGGCCUUUCAUGUGGUUGUUCAUUGCCCCGGAGAAGUUUUUUGAUUUGCAACGCCAGCGGCAGCCAGCAGCAUUGGUCUUAUUUGCUCAUUUCGGGGCCUUGCUGCAAAAGCUUGAUGAAUGUUGGUGGGCAGAAGGCUGCGGAAAGACUAUCGUAAGUGCCAUUGACGACUGCUUGGGUUCAUAUUGGGAGCCAUGGACACGCUGGCCCAAGGAGGUUGUGGGUCUUAUCUAA